CAAUGACACAUUCAUCACAUAACCUCAAAGUUCUAGGUAUAAUUCAUUUCAAUUUAAACCCUUCUCAAUUUAAUAUAAUGUCUUUGUUGAGGUUAAAAUCUGCUCCAUUUAUAUUGAUAGAAGAUAAUCUUAAUAAAAAUAUUGUCCCAUUAUUACUAGAAAUAACUCCGACGGACGCUUGCUCAACACAAUUCUUCUGCUACGAACAACCAAUAUUUCACUGGAAAAAUGUAUUCAAAGGAGUACGAAAUGUUGUAUACCAUGAAGAAUUAGAUAAAGAUUCACUCAAUAAAUAUGUAAGCGAAAAGUGUUCUGUGAUAAUCGAUUCGGUGAAUCAAAUGUCUCUUUGCUUAGGUUGGAAUGAGUGUUUGAAAGUAAUAAACAAACUAAGGGCAAGUCCCAACGUCAACAAACUCAUUCUAGUUCACCAUACAGAUUGUUCGUCAUUUGGGUCCAAGUUAAGAAUACAAUUGAAUCAUAUAGCUAGUGCUAUUGUGUCAUAUGAUGAUGGAUCAAAUAAUAAUGUCCACAUUCUUUUGAAAAAGAGUGGCAAAGUAGUUAAAAGUUCUGAGACAUUGUCCUAUGAUGUGAGGACAUCCACCUUGAAAUCAAUCCCGAUAGUAAAGAAUAUAAAAGCAGAAGACGAACCAGAGAAACCUUCACCAGUGAACCUGACUACAUUCAAAAUAGAAGUAGACCAAACUGAAAAACUAGAAAAGUACAAGUUACAGUUGCCUUACAUGAGCAAGAUAAAUGAAGGGCAAGGCAAGAUCUUCUAUGAGCCUGAUGCAGUAGAUGACUGGGAUGAGGAAGAUCCAGAUGAAGAUCUAGAUAUAUGAAUAAAAUACUUAUUCCAACUAUUUAAAUAAUUUAUUUUAUGACACCUUACUGUUUGAACCCCAUUAUUACUUAAAAUACCUAGCUACCCAAUUUCAGAAUAGUUUUUGUUAUUGUAAUAUGUAAAUUGUACCUUUUAAACUCUUUUUCUAUAGAAAGUAACUUGAACUUCCUGGGUGUCAUUCAAGAAAGUGAAACCAUUUAAUUAUUUUGUAAAGUGAAAGUACACCUAUGUAAAAUUUUGUGCAGCUAUCAUCUUGAUUCAUCAGGGAAUAUUUCUAAUGAAAAUCAAUUUUCAGCUAAUAUGGUCAAGUGACUAUGUAAAAAGACCUUUGAAUAUGUAAUGUAAGUGCUUAUUGUUUUCCCAACACAUAAUUGAGUUUUUUUUUAUCUUCCUAUUAGGAUAAUAAGUAGGUACCUAUUUACCAUAUUUCGUAUCAAGAUGAACUAUUUAGUAAGUGGUUUAGGAAUGGAUGACUUGAGAGUCAAGGUGUAUCAAACAAACCCUCAAUUAUAAAGUGUUCACUUUUUAUUUAUUUUUUUGCUAUGUUCUGUUACAAUUUUGCGAUUUUUUUUUUCAAUUUCUUUGCCACGUAACUCAUUACAUUACACAAUAUCUAAUAAA